AUGGCUACUCCUAAUGGUCAUCUCAAUAUCUCUAUUGGAGAGGACAAACAUGUUGUAGAUGAUCAAGAAGCACAAAAGAUUGACUAUUCCCAAAGAUCCCAAUGGCUACGAGCUGCCUUGUUGGGAGCGAACGACGGCUUGGUCUCUGUGGCAUCGUUAAUGAUGGGUGUCGGUGCAAUGAAUCAAGAUGUCAAAGCCAUGUUCCUCAUCGGUUUUGCAGGCUUGGUUGCUGGAGCAUGCAGCAUGGCAAUUGGAGAAUUUGUCUCGGUAUAUUCUCAGUUGGAUAUUGAAGUUGCCCAAAUGAAAAGAGAGAAGAGGACUAGAGAAAUGGAUAGUGAAGGCCGAGAUGAGACCAAAAAAGAGAAGUUGCCCAACCCGUUGCAAGCAGCUUUAGCAUCGGCCUUGGCAUUCUCGAUGGGGGCAAUUGUUCCACUCUUGGCAGCCGCUUUCAUAAGGAACUAUAAAGAGCGGUUGGCAUUGGUGUCGGCUGCUGUGAGCUUAGCCCUAUUGAUGUUUGGUGUUUUGGGGGCUGUGAUGGGAGGAACCUCCCCUGCUAUCUCAUGUGUUAGAGUGCUCUUUGGGGGUUGGAUGGCAAUGGGGAUUACUUUUGGGCUAACUAAGUUAAUUGGCUUAAGUGGAUUGGAAAUGUGAUCAUGUGUGUUUUGCUUUGUUUGCUUGUUUGAUCUGCUUUGCUUUGUUAUGUUCUUUGUAAUAAAA